AUGAAAGAAGUUGUUGUUUCACCUACGAGGCCUCUCAUCACAGCACAUGUCCAUGAAGUACCGGUUCCCAAGCCUACUGAUGACCAAAUUCUCAUCCGUGUCGUUGUGGCAGCAAGCAAUCCUAAAGACUACAAGCAUGUCAUCUCUACUGGGCUCUCAGGGAAUAGUGGUGAUGACGCUGCUGGGUUUGUUGAGGAUCUGGGAAGCUCAGUACGGUCAUCUGGACAAUUCCGACGAGGCGAUCGGGUUGCGGCAUUCCACGUCAUGAUGACAUCUGGGGGAACAUAUGCGGAAUAUGCCCUGGCACCAGCCACGACAGUUUUUCACAUACCCGAUUGGAUUAGCUUUGAAUCUGCGUCAACGAUUCCACUGACAGCUCUUGCUGCCGCACUUCCUCUCUUUCGUCGUCAAAACCUUCCUGCGCCAUGGAUGAAGCGCAGCUCCGAUGCAGGUCCUCUACCCUUGAUUGUAUAUGGUGCCUCCUCGGCCCUGGGCACCUUCGCCAUCAAGCUGGCUCGGCUCUCUAAUAUCCACCCGAUUAUUGCUAUUGCAGGUGGAUCCUUUCACUACGUUGAUAAAUUCUUGGACGCCAGUAAAGGUGACGCAUUAGUGGACCAUCGUAAUGGUACCCAAGCUAUGCAAUCCGGCGUGAAAAUGGCGUUAAAAGGUCUUGAAGCUUUUCAUGCCCUCGAUGCUAUCUGUGAGAAAAAGUCAUGGGUAGCAGUGUCACAGAUGAUGUCAGGUGGUGUCCUCUCAGUCGUUCAAGCAAGUGAGAAGUAUGAUCAAUCUGAAAUUCCCUCUCAUGUUCAAAUCAGCUAUAGCUUUGUUGGAUCAGCUCACUCGGGAGCGUUCCUCGACUCAAUGCCGAGGCAACCAACCGAUAAAGAAUCUGUCAAAGCCGAUGUGGAUUUUUCCUACGUUUUUUUUAGAUACAUCUCUUGGUUACUCUCGAAGGGUGAAUUUGAAGGACAUCCUUACGAGGUCAUUCCAGGCGGUCUGGAUGGUGUUGAACUCGGCCUACGAAAGUUGGAGCGUGGUGAAGCGAAGGGGGUCAAAUAUGUCUAUCGUGUGCUUGAAAAUUAUGAUGUAGUCAACAAAGAAAGUACAUAG